AUGAUAGAGACGAACAAGACGACUGCUGAUUUGUUAAGCAAAAUAGAAAGUUCGGUCCAGAUGUCGGAGAAAAUUGAAAAAUCUAUAAAUCAUCUUCCUCAAUACGUUACCGUAGAUUUGUUCUUGGUUGAACCAAAAGUUUUGGAUUGCGAUACUGCAUUCUUCCAGAAUCGAAUUCCACUAGCCUCAACUUCAAUUUCUGCUUCUGAAGGUUUUGGAUUCCGAUACCGGAUUCUUCCGGGGCUACAAAUAAACGAAUCGGAUUUGCCGAUAGCAAGACGUUCGUCGCUUCACAAGUUCUUAUCAAAGAGGAGGGACGGAGCUAACGAACGAGCACCUUAUCGGUUGCCGAAUCGGUUAAUGGCAGCUCCGUCUUUGAAUCAUAAGUUUGAUCUGAAUCUGUAGGGAUAUAUCAACACAAACUUGUUAGUGGAGGUGGUUAUUGUUGUUGGUUUAGUGGAGGU